CCGCAAUUCAUCUCUACAAAAUCCUGCAACAUCGGAUACGAAUCGCACUUUAUACAAGUCCUAUUGAAUCGUCACUGGUUGGAUUUUGAUUGGGGAAACCCUUAUUUAUAGGAGAAGGGUGACGAAUUGAGUCCUAGGGUUUUCUAUCAUCAUAUAUGGCGCAGAAUCAAGGUGGCGGUGGUGGAUUUUUUUCAUCGCUUGCUUCAAGUUUUUCAAAUUUUAAGAACCAAGUUAAUGGUUUGCUUGGUUAUGAGGGGCUAGAAGUUAUAAAUCCUGAAGGAGGCACGGAAGAUGCUGAAACUGAAGCACAAAGAGGCAGAUGGAAGCAGGAGGAUCGUGAUAGUUACUGGAAGAUGAUGCAGAAGUAUGUAGGUGCUGAUAUCACGUCAAUGGUGACUUUACCCGUACUCAUAUUCGAGCCCAUGACAAUGCUGCAGAAAAUGGCAGAGUUGAUGGAAUAUUCCCACCUCUUAGAACUAGCAGAUGAAUGCGAGGAUCCAUACAUGCGAUUAGUCUAUACUGCAUCAUGGUUCAUAUCAGUAUACUAUGCGUUGCAACGAACCUGGAAGCCAUUCAACCCAAUUCUUGGUGAAACCUAUGAAAUGGUUAAUCAUUGUGGCAUAACAUUUAUUGCAGAGCAGGUUAGUCACCACCCUCCAAUGAGUGCUGCACAUGCUGAGAAUGAACAUUUUGUUUAUGAUAUAACUUCAAAAGUGAAGACUAAAUUUCUUGGUAACUCGCUUGAUGUGUAUCCUCUUGGAAGAACACGUUUGAAGCUAAAGAAAGAUGGAGUGAUCCUAGAGCUGGUUCCCCCUCCCACCAAAGUUAAUAAUCUAAUAUUCGGAAGAACAUGGGUUGAUUCUCCAGGGGAGAUGGUUUUGACCAACUUGACUACAGGCGACAAAGUUGUGCUAUAUUUUCAACCCUGCGGUUGGUUUGGUGCUGGUCGCUAUGAAGUGGAUGGAUAUGUAUAUAACGCCUCUGAAGAACCUAAGAUAUUGAUGACAGGCAAAUGGAACAAGUCCAUGAGCUAUCAGCCUUGUGAUUUGGAAGGGGAACCCCUUCCAGGCACGGAACUGAAAGAGGUUUGGAGAGUUGCCGAGGCUCCUGCAAAUGACAAAUUUCAGUAUACACAUUUUGCACAUAAAGUAAACAGUUUUGAUACAGCACCAAAGAAACUAUUGGCAUCAGAUUCUCGCUUACGUCCAGAUAGAUAUGCGCUUGAAAAGGGCGAUCUGUCUAAAGCUGGUUCAGAAAAGAGCAUUCUGGAGGAGAAACAAAGAGCUGAGAAGAGGGCCCGAGAGGCAAAAGGUCAGGAAUUCAGUCCGAGAUGGUUUGAAAUAACCGAAGAAGUCGCUCCAACACCUUGGGGUGAUCUGGAAAUUUACCAAUACAACGGGAAAUAUUCAGAUCACCGAGCUGCAGUUGAUAGCACCAGCACUUUUGAAGAUGUUGACAUCUCCACAACGGAGUUCAACCCAUGGCAAUACGGAAACGUUGCUGAAACCGAACAAAAGAGCUGAAUUAGAGGCAUUUUAUGUGUUGGCAGCUUGACGUAAUUGGUGAUUCUUUAAGUUCAUGUUUGUAUGGUUUUUUAGAUGAUGCUAAAUUGGAGGCAUUUUGUGCAAGUUUAGUUGUGCAUUGUUAUGUAUUUGUAUUGUUUGUUUAUUGGGUGUUUGGAAUAUUUAGUAUGCCGAUUGGACCAUCAAAUGGAUCGAAAACGUGUGGUUUUAUUGAUCUAAAAGUAGAGCUAAAAGAACCUUUUCGAUCA